GUCUAUUAAUUGUAAGGGAUACGUAACACAGCAUACCCACUAGUAACCUGGUGCGGAAGCGUGAUCGAGAGCCUUCAGCUAUUUGUGUCCAGUAUACUAACUAAGUCGGAAUUAAUGUCAAAGACUCACAAAGUUAUAUAUUUUCGCUAGUCAUUUGCCACUACAACCCCUUAGACCCAUUCCCGCAGCCUUGAGGCCGGUCUAGUACUUAAAAUGAAAUCUUGAAUGAUCUAACACUUCUUUGCAGGAAAAAAUAAUUUGAUUUCGUGAGGAACUAAAAAUGUUUUUGCUUUAUUCUGAUGAAUGUUACCAUAUUUAUUCCUAAGCUUAUUGGCGGUGCUUGAAAAGUAGUUUUACGAAUGUAUGGGUACAAGUAGUCUGUGAGUAUUCCUGAGUAAACUACAAUUUCCUGUUGCCAUUUCGCUAUAGGGAGCCAUGGAGCUUAAUGGGAUAUAUAGCCAAUCAUAUAAUGAGCAAGUGCCUAAUGGGUCUCAUAGUACGGGAUCUGGAAGCGCAACUCAAGAUCCAGAGCUCACUAGACCAAAUAGCGCUGAUAGCUCCCAACAUUACCACGCUCCUUCAAAUCAAAGUUCAAGUGCUUCACUGUCAAUAGAAGAACGACUCAGGCGCGUUAGAGCAUCUGAACAACUAAAACAGCAGCAACGUUACGCAGCCUACGUAGAAGCCCAACAACAAGCUGAAAUGGCACGUAUGCGCCAACAAGAGGAAAGAAAGCGCAGGAUUGAAGAAAUGCGACAGAAGGAACAAAUGCGCCGACUUAGUGCACUAGAACGACGUGCAGCCUUGGAAUUAUCUAACCAAGCACGGAUAGAGCGACUUCGAGAACGGUCGGCUAACCGUUCAGGAAACAAUACGUUUCGCCGCCAGUUUGCAGAACAUGAUCACUCUGGCCGUACUGCAAGUGCUUCUCCUUCUUUGGGAACCUCGCGAAAUCCAAGCACUCUUAUGACAACUUCGUGUGUGGUCGCCUUUGGAAGCAGCGCUCCGCGCUCUAUAUGUACGCAACAAAGUGCAGCAGCUUUACGUUUGAAACAGGCUUUUGAAGCGCGAUUAGCUAGCUACCUUACCGGUCGACAUAGUGGGUGCUUUUUUACAGCAGCUGCAGCACCUUAUUAUUCGUGCUUUAUAGAUACAUCACAUGGACCUCGGCCUCAAAUCUCUGUGUAUAAAUCGAGGCCCUGUAAUCGAGGUGUAACGCAGUCUAGGCGAGCUGUUUCAGCUCAUGCCUCUGUUUUGCGUCAUACUAAGUCUUCAUUCACUCGGGUUACUCAUGCUCGACGUCAACAAAAUUCUCUUACUAACAGAGACACUGUUUUCAAAAAUGGUCAACCUAUCAGCACUAAAGUCUUGAAAUCCCCAAACACUACCACAGUUCCUGAUGGGCACAAUGUCGAGAGUAAUCGAACCAGUGAAGUAAUUUCAAGUCGAUCUAAUUCAUCCAACGAAUGUGAUAAAAUUGGGCGUCUUAAUCAUCAUCCCAAAGUGCCAAAACAUAUUACUGCACCCGCAAAUACAUCGAAAACGAAAGAACAUACAGCUAAGUUGGAAAAUAUGGUCCCACCUUCAGAUUCCACUAGUUCUACACGUUCCAACUCUAUUGAGAGACGAUCUAGACAACCAACUAUUUCUGUAUUCGAACGUUUAACAAUGUCUCGUUCUGUCACUACUUCUGGAAACGUUACGACAAAUAAAGCAAGACCUGUCCAUUCGUCUGCUAGUACUGUGCAUGUGGCAAAAAGACCUGAAUCUAUUCGAGAAUCCAAACGCAAUGGUAACUCUGUCGUGCCACCUGUGAUGUCUAAGUCCGUUUCUGGUGAUGCGUUACAUCUGCGCCACCAGAAGAAACCAGUGCUCCCCUCGAAACCCCUCUCACCGCCCUCUUAUCCAACCAGAAUCCAGGAACCAGAAACAGCUAUUUCCAGUCUUCCUCCGUUACCUCAGUCUUCAUCUGAGUCAGAAAGUGUUACUCAAGUAGCUGAAGAUAUCUCUAUUAAAAAAGUGCCUUGCAGUGACUCUACUCCAUCUCCUUCAUCUCAAGUUAAUGAUGUAAAGAAUGAAACUUCGUCCAUUGUUGCACAAAUAGGUCCAAUUAAGGCUGAGACACGUGGUUCAGGUGAAGGUGCUAUUUUAUCUGAAAAUGAAGCAGCAAUUUAUCGUGCAAAACUUUUUAAACAACGUCGCUUAGCAAAAGAGCGAAUGGAAGAAGAAAAAAGACGAUUGGAAGAGGAAAGUCGUAAUCGACAAACCCAACAAGAGCAAGCUGGUUUAGCUGCCGAAGCUGAAGAAGCUCGUUUAAAAGAAGAACAGGACGCUCGUUUGGCUGAAGAAGCUCGUUUAAGGGAGGAGCAAGCUCUUCAUCAGGCUGAAGAAGCUCAACGUGCAAAAGAAGCGGAAGAAGCCGCCAGGCUUCAAGCAGAAGAAGCAGAGCGCCUUGCGAAAUUGCAACGUAGUGAAGAAGAAAGAGUUUUACGCAAGAAAAAGUUGGACAGUAUUAUGUCUCGUGUCAAAAGACCAGUGAAGUUAACAUCUGAGGCAACUAGUGAAUCUGGGUCUACAACCAAUCUUCAAUCAACGGAUACCACACAAUCAUCUUUAGUGCCUGAUACUACUUGUGCUUCGCCUGAUAGAAUCGUUAACCAAGAACCAACUAUAGGUGUUGAAGCACCUAAAGUGGGGAUCAAUCCAUCAGAGAUUUAUGAAACUUCUAAUGGCAGAGUCAUUUUUACUGUUGAUGGUGAAAGGGUGAAUGAAUCUUCGUCUUCACUUAAUGACGAAUCUGUCAACCAGUCAUCUUUUUCACACACAAUUACUGAAAACGAUUCGAAAAAUAAUGUAAAUAACACUUUUGAAGAUCUCGUCUCCAGUACUACUAUUACUACUACCAUCAAUGGAAAGUCGGAUAAUGAUAACAAUACACCAUUAAAUAAUGUGAAUGACGCAAAAGCAACAACACAAGUGACAAGCGAUUCGGAUUUGACAAUGAUAAGGAAUAGUUCAAGUGCUAGUCAUAGAACACCACAAUUCAAAUCUGCGUUAUUGCAAUCUAUGCUAGGCGCAGGUCGUUUAUCUGCACAUGCUAAAGAUGCUGUUGCUGGAUUAAGACGUAAUUCUUCUCAAAUACAAAAUGAUCAAAGUACAAAUGAUAAUUGGUCUCAACAUCAUGAACAUAGUGAUUCUACUGUGUCUAGUUUCUACUCAGUUAAUAGUACACUUAUUCAGGACUCUGGUGAUUCUGUAAAUAUAAACAAUAGUUCUUCAAUUAUGCAUUCUGUGCGGGACACAUCUAGGCAUUAUCAACAUGAUCUACCUCACCUUAAUGGAUCAAAUGUUAUGCAGAAGUCUAGUAAUCCUGUAUACUUGUGGUCGGAAGAUCCUGAUCAUGAAGUUUCCAAACCCGAUUCAUUGUCUUCUGUUCCUCUCGAUACAUCAACUCAUUGAAUUUUAUUGCGACUAGAAAAAUCACACAUGUAUUCGUGAAAUAUAAAAGUUUGUGAAACUUUUUAAUUCAAAUGCUUCCAUGCUUCUACCUAACUAAAUUGAUCCAUCUUACUGUGUAUUAUUCUAAGCUUUCCAAGUGAUUAAAUAACAAACAUUGAUUCCACUAAGUAGUUUUUGCUCUGUACUUUCUCUCUUUCUCAUCCCAUCCCCGUCUAUCACUACAUAUAUACAUAAACAUGAAAUUUUAUUCCACUUUUUAUUUUAAAAAAGAAAAUUAGUAAGAAGGACUCAUUUGCACAUUUUUUAUCGCAGUUCCCUAUUUAACAUGUACAUUGAGAGCUGAAGACUGUGCACACCGUGUGUAUUGAUUCAAUUUAUUUGUUAUUAUUUAGUUAUGAUGACAAUAAUAAUAAAAUACCUCUUCGAGUCUUUUUUUCAUCGCUAUUCUAGUUGUUAAUUCUGGUUGAUUAUGUAAUACCAAUCAAUCAACUAAUCAGUCAUAAAAUUGUACAACUUAUUUAUAUAGUUUUAUGAUUAAUCCUAUGAUUCGUUUUCUCCUUGCCCAUCAAAGUUUUAUCUCCUUGUUAUUGCUUCUGUUUAUUUGAUGGUAUACCAAGUAAUCCUGUAAUUUUGUAAGCUAUACUUCGUGUAUCCUCCCCUUCCUCAAUACUGAAACAACCUACUACUGUCUUCCUCAUAUAUCCUUUCUUUCCCGGUACACGCGGAUGAGUGCCAUAAUGCUUCCUUAUAAACAGGUGAAGAUUUCUUGUUUUCAUGUGUCAUAUCCACGGUCCCCAGUACAUAAACCUCUUGCUAGUUUUUUUGCACAGUUUUACUGUUGUUCAUUCACUGAUGCUUUAUCCGAUAUUUAUGCGUGUGCCUGUACGCUUGUCCGCAUUUUAUAUACAUGUAGGCUAUGUGAAAGGAGCAGAAUUGUUUAACUUUUGUUUAUCAUAUAUCUCAGUUGGUCAUUUCAUUUAUGAUAAUGAUAGUAAUUAUUAUUAUUGUUUUUAUUAUUAUUAAACGUUUGGUUAAUUUUAUCUCAUUCUCUUCUCUUCAUUUUCUCUAUUCACAUAGCUCUGUUUUAACUCUUAUCCGUCAUUGUCUAUAAUUUAUUUAUAAUGAAAGAAAUAAAGAUUCAUUAGUGAUGAAAA